AUGUACUUCUUUCAAAAUUUUAUCCUCGAUCUUUUGUUUGAUCUAACUGGUCUUAUAAAACCACGUGGUUUUAUUCUUUAUGGACCACCAGGCACCGAAAAGACAUUAAUUACCAAAACAGUUGCUAAUAUUCUCAAUGUACCUCCAAAAAUUGUAAGUGGACCCGAACUAUUCAACUGGCUUCUCGGUGAGUCAGAGGCAAAAGUACGAGCUUUAUUUGAAGAAGCUCACUCCGAUCAGGAAAAAUAUGGGUCACAUAGUUCACUUCAUCUCAUUAUAUUUGAUGAAAUCGACGCCAUAUGUAAAAAAAAAAAAAGGUCAACAGAAGCCUCUCCUCAGCGUAAUUCUACUUACGAUAGUAUAACCACCCAAAUUCUAACAAAGAUCGAUGGGAUCAGAUACUUGGAUAAUACUCUAAUUAUUGGAACAACCAACAUGAUUGAUAGCAUCGAUCCUGCUCUUUAUCGUCCCGGACGACUAGAUACAUUAAUCGAAGUUGGAGAACCGGAUGCAAAAGGUCGAUCAGAUAUUUUUAACAUCUAUACGAAAACACUAUUACAAAAUUCUUUAUUAUCGGACGACAUUAAUAUUGAACGAUUGGUACAACGAACUCAUGGAAUGACUGGACCACAUAUUGAACAACUAGUUCGACGAGCAACGCAUUCUGACUCGAAGCGAGAUUUGCAAAGUCGUCGAACAUUACACAUCACAGAUGAAGAGACUGAAGAACUUCAGAUUAAGAACAUUGAUUUUACAGUAGCCUUAGCACAAUUUGAAAGCCAGGUCGAAAAGCAUACUGCUUUCUAA